AUGAAGCGGGAUUUGUUGCUCUUUGUUUUCGGGUGGUUCAAACUCCCGUGGCUCCUGGAUUGUUUGGUUGUUCAUGUGAGUGAGGAUGCGGGACUGGGCACCGCGAUCGCCGGUCUGGAGGGAAGCUCCGCUUGCGCGCUGGAGCAGCUCAUCCUGCCGCGCUUCGCGGAGAGUUUCCUGCGCCCGGACGCGGGUGUGCUGACCCUCUCGGGCGCUUUGAACUGCGACGCGGUUCUUUUGAACCCGUUUAGUGUGUACGCGGUCGUGGACUGUGCUGAUAACGCGUCGGGUUUCAGACACCUUGUAACCAGCCAGUAUGACGUGCACGUUCACGGGGAGAACUGCGCGAGGGUACGCAAACGGGAAGAAAAACUGGAUGUGGAGAUUAUAAGUUUGAUAGACACUUCUGAGUGCCUUGAGGCGGACACUGCUGUUUUCCGGGUGUUUGAUGUGUUACCGGGCAACCCGACGCGCUGUAAUGUAACCGGGACUUCAGCGCUUUAUAUCUCCAACGGGCUGCUGUUUACUUCUGCUCCGCUGUGUUUCACUCGCGACUCAUUGCUGGAGUUUCAACUGCGCUGCGUGGGACGCGAAAGAAGCGCACGUUCUGGUCUCGCGCAUGCGCAGUGGCGCGUGGGCCGCGGCCCGUUCACGCAAACACACCUGAGGAAGUUACUGCAGCGGGCCGGGGGUUCGAACUCGGGUCUGCUGAGCAGGAGGAAGAGGAAUGUCAACAAUAACCCUCAGUUUCAACCUCCCAUGUAUCAGGUGUCCGUUCCAGAGAAUCAACCAGCUUGGACUUUUGUUGUUGUUUUAAAAGCAGUUGACCCGGAUGAGGGUGAAGCUGGUAGGCUGGAAUAUUUCUUAGAGGCAUUGUUUGAUAGUCGUUCCAACAAUCUCUUCGCCGUCGACCCAUCAAGCGGAGUCGUUUCCACCGUGGAGAUACUAGACAGAGAAACAAAGGACACGCAUGUGUUCAGGGUCACGGCGGUUGAUCGUGGAAUGCCACGACGUACAGCCAUGGCCACUCUUACCGUAACAGUCAGCGAUACAAACGAUCACGACCCCGUAUUUGAGCAGCAGGACUAUAAAGAGAGCGUGAGAGAAAAUCUGGAGAUUGGUUACGAGGUUCUAACUGUGCGCGCCACUGAUGGCGAUGCUCCCGUUAACGGAAACAUCCUUUAUCAUUUGCUGAACAACAACAACGGGACUAACGAUGUUUUUGAGAUCGAUUCCCGGUCUGGCGUUAUUCGUACACGAGGACUGGUUGACCGCGAAACGGUCGAAUCCUAUGUGCUUCUAGUCGAAGCCAACGACCAAGGACAGGGUCCCGGCCCCCGAAGUGCGACGGCGACCGUCCACAUCGUCGUGGAGGACGAUAACGACAACGCGCCGCAGUUCAGCGAGAAACGCUACAUCGUACAGGUUCCCGAAGACUUGACGCCCAACACCGAAAUCUUGCAGGUGACGGCGACAGACCAGGACCGCGGGAAUAACGCCAUGGUCCAUUUCAGCAUCAUGAGUGGCAACACAAGGGGCCAGUUUUACAUCGACGCCCAAACAGGAAAAUUAGAUUUGGUGAGCCAGCUGGAUUACGAGAUAAAUAAGGAGUACACACUUCGCAUUCGAGCGCAAGAUGGCGGACGCCCGCCGCUCUCCAACAUCAGCGGCCUUGUCACAGUGCAAGUACUGGACGUUAACGACAACGCUCCGAUAUUCGUAAGCACUCCAUUCCAAGCUACAGUGCUGGAGAACGUUCCAGUUGGAUAUUCCGUCAUUCAUAUUCAAGCCGUAGACGCCGAUGCGGGAGAUAAUUCCCGUUUGGAAUAUCGUCUCACAGAGACCACACCCAACUUCCCGUUCACCAUCAACAACAGCACCGGCUGGAUCGUUGUAGCAUCGGAACUGGACAGAGAAAGCGUGGACUUCUAUAGCUUCGGAGUGGAGGCGCGAGACCACGGAAUGCCAGCCAUGUCCUCGUCCGCUAGCAUCAGCAUGACUAUUCUAGACGUCAACGACAACAACCCUGAGUUCACGCAAAAGGCCUACUACAUGCGCCUAAACGAGGACGCAGCUGUAGGAACGAGCGUCAUCACCGUGUCCGCCGUCGAUCAGGAUAUUAACAGCGUUGUUACGUAUCAGAUCUCGAGUGGGAAUACAAGAAACCGAUUUUCCAUCACCAGCCAGAGCGGCGGAGGCCUGAUAACCCUCGCUCUACCGUUGGACUAUAAGCUGGAAAGACAGUACGUCCUCACCGUCACGGCAUCUGACGGGACACGUUUUGACACGGCUAAGGUUUACGUCAACGUCACGGAUGCCAACACGCACAGGCCGGUUUUCCAGAGCUCGCAUUACACGGUCAACAUCAACGAAGACCGGCCUGUUGGCACGAUCGUAGUGAUGAUUAGCGCGACGGACGAGGACACGGGCGAGAAUGCUCGAAUCACAUACUUCAUGGACGACAGCAUCCCGCAGUUUAACAUCGAUUUGGACAGCGGUGCAGUGACCACGCAAAUGGAGCUGGACUACGAAGAUCAAGUUUCCUACACGCUCGCAAUUACAGCUCGAGACAACGGCAUCCCGCAGAAAUCCGACACCACUUACUUGGAGAUCCUGGUGAACGACGUGAACGACAACUCGCCCGUGUUCCUUCGCGACCGCUACUUGGGCUCAGUCAUGGAGGACAUUCCCACGUUCACCAGCGUCCUGCAGGUGUCCGCGACCGACCGAGACUCGGGCCUCAACGGACGCGUCUUCUACACGUUCCAAGGCGGAGAAGACGGAGACGGAGACUUCAUCAUCGAGUCCACUUCUGGUAUCGUACGAACCCUGCGACGUCUUGACCGAGAAAACACGCCCGUUUAUAACCUCCAGGCCUUCGCGGUGGAUAAAGGUGUUCCGCCGCUCAAGACGCCGGUUGAUAUUCAGGUGACCGUUUUAGACGUAAAUGACAACCCGCCUGUGUUCGAGAAAGAUGAGUUUGAUAUAUUCGUGGAGGAGAACAGUCCCAUCGGGCUCGUGGUGGCCCACAUAUCUGCGUCAGACCCAGAUGAAGGCAGCAACGCUCAAAUCAUGUACCAGAUCGUCGAAGGCAACAUCCCUGAGGUCUUCCAACUGGACAUCUUCUCCGGCGAGCUCACCGCUCUGACCGACCUCGACUACGAGACGCGUUUGGAGUAUAUCAUCGUAGUUCAAGCCACGUCUGCGCCGCUGGUCAGCAGAGCCACGGUCCACAUCAAACUCAUCGACAAGAACGACAACGUCCCCGUCCUCAAGAACUUCCAGAUUAUAUUUAACAACUACGUAACCGACAAGACCAACAGCUUCCCGUCGGGUGUGAUUGGCCGGAUCCCGGCUCACGACCCGGACAUCUCCGAUCAGCUCCACUACAGCUUCCAGGCUGGAAACGAGCUGAAUUUGGUGCUUCUGAACCAGAGCACCGGAGAGAUCCGACUCAGCCGAGCCCUGGACAGCAACAGACCGCUGGAGGCAUCCAUGAAGAUCUCCGUCUCGGAUGGCGUUCACUCAGUGUCGGCUCAGUGUCUGCUGCAGGUCACCAUCAUCACGGACGAGAUGCUCUCCAACAGCAUCACGCUGCGAUUGGCCGACACGUCGCAGGGGCGCUUCCUCUCGCUCCUAUUGGCUCAGUUCCUGGAGGGCGUGGCCCGCGUUCUCUCGGCGUCCCGUGAGGAUGUGGUGGUCUUCAACAUCCAGGACGACACUGAUGUCAAUGCCGGCAUCCUGAACGUCAGCCUGUCAGUGGCAGUUCCAGGCGAGGGGUCGCGGGGUCAUGGGGUCAGCCCGGCCCGGCUGGGUCGCAGCAGCGGAGGCGAGGUGGAGUUCUUCGGGUCGGAGGAGCUGCAGGAGCGCCUGUAUCUGAACCGAAGUCUGCUGGCGCAGAUCUCCUCGCAGGAGGUGCUCCCGUUUGACGACAACAUCUGCCUGCGGGAGCCAUGCGAGAACUACAUGAAGUGCGUGUCCGUGCUGAAGUUCGACAGCCUGGCGCCGUUCGUGGCGUCCGACACCAUCCUGUUCCGGCCGAUCCACCCGAUCGCAGGGCUGCGCUGCCGCUGUCCGCUCGGCUUCACGGGCGACUACUGCGAGACGGAGAUCGACCUGUGCUAUUCCAAACCCUGCGGCGCUCACGGCGUCUGCUGCAGCCACGAGGGAGGCUUCACCUGCCAGUGUCUCCACGACUACACAGUCAGGUGCGAGUGUCCUCCCGGAGGCUUCGAGAAGCCCUUCUGCCACAUGAGCUCCAGGAACGUCCCUCCGCAGACCUUCAUCACCUUCAAGGGUCUCCGGCAGCGCUUCCACUUCACACUCUCGCUGUCGUUUGCGACUCGAGAGCCUGACGGUCUGCUGCUGUAUAAUGGACGCUUCAACCAGAAACACGACUUCAUCUCUCUGGAGAUCGUUAAUGAACAGAUCCAGCUCACAUUCUCCGCAGGAGAGACGCAGAUGACGGUGUCGCCCUUCAUCGCGGGCGGAGUGAGUGACGGGCGCUGGCACACGGCACACGUGCACUACUACAACAAGCCCGUCCUGAACCGCGCGGGUCUCCCUCAGGGCCCGUCCGAUCAGAAGGUCGUCGUGGUGAUGGUGGACGACUGCGACACGUCAGUGGCGCUGCGCUUCGGUCACGUGAUUGGAAACUAUUCGUGCUCCGCCCAGGGCAGCCAAUCAGGAUCCAAGAAGUCUCUGGAUCUGACGGGGCCACUGCUGCUGGGCGGCGUUCCCAAACUCCCCGAGGAGUUUCUCGUCCGGAGCCGGCAGUUUGUCGGCUGCAUGAAGGACCUGCGCAUCGACCAGCGGCACAUCGACAUGGCCGGAUUCAUCGCUAAUAAUGGAACGCUAGCCGGAUGCUCGGCGAAACGUCAUUUCUGCAGCACUAACCCGUGUCUGAACGGCGGCGGUUGUGUGAAUCUGUGGGGUUCGUUCCGAUGCGACUGUCCGCUGGGAUUCGGAGGACGGAACUGCGAGAAAGUGAUGCCCAACCCGCUGCGUUUCCAUGGUAACGGGCUGUUGUCGUGGCGGGAUCUGGCUGUCGUGGUAACGGUUCCGUGGCACCUGGAGUUCAUGUUUCGCACGCGGCAGCCGACGGCGACACUGAUACAUAUCAGUUCAGCACAACAACACAACCUCACCAUACAGCUGAGGGAGGGUUACGUGUUGACGUCGCUUCAGCGCGGCGAGGACUCCACCGUGUCUCGUGUUGAUGAUGUCACAGUGAGCGACGGCCAAUGGCAUCAUGUGUUGCUGGAGCUCCGAGGCCCUGUGGCGGGCGGCGUAACGGCGGCACUGAGCCUCGACCACGUUCAUGUGGUGAACGUGGGGUCGGGCUGCAGUCUGCCGAACCCCUGCGGGUCGAACCCGUGUCCGGCUCACAGCGACUGCAGCGACGACUGGGACACACAUUCCUGCAGAUGCCACAGCGGUUACUACGGCAACAACUGCAGCGACGCUUGCGCUCUGAACCCCUGCGAGCACCAAUCAGCAUGCAGCAGGAAGUCAAGCUCCGCCCACGGAUACACGUGUAACUGUCCCAGCAGCUACUUCGGCCAGUACUGCGAGAAAAAGACGGAUCUGCCGUGUCCCCGCGGAUGGUGGGGCGAUAAGUCAUGUGGUCCGUGUAACUGUGACACAGCUAAAGGAUUCGACGCCGACUGUAACAAGACCAGCGGCGCGUGUCGCUGCAAGGACAAUCACUUCCGGCCUGCGGCGAGCGUGGCGUGUCUGCUGUGCGACUGCUACGCCGUGGGCUCGUUCUCGCGCUCCUGCGACCCGGACAGCGGUCAGUGUCCGUGUAAGCCGGGUGUCAUCGGGCGACAGUGUGACUGCUGCGAUAACCCCUUCGCUGAGGUCUCUUCCAGCGGCUGUGAAGUCAUCUACGACAGCUGUCCGCAGGCCAUGGAAGCAGGAAUCUGGUGGCCGCGGACCAAGUUCGGUUUACCAGCGGCCGUCUCGUGUCUGAAAGGAUCCAUCGGAACUGCGAUCCGUCACUGUGACGAGCACAAGGGCUGGCUGUCACCGAACCUCUUCAACUGCACAUCUGUGAGCUUCAGUAAACUCAAGACACUGUCAGAGCGUUUGGCACGUAACGCAUCUCUGAUGGACUCCAGUAACGUCCAGCAGACGGCGGCGCUGCUGCGUAACGCAACGAAGAACGUGAGACAGUUCUACGGCAGCGACGUGAAGAUCGCGUAUUACCUGACGCGCGCCAUACUGCAGCACGAGAGCAGCCAGCAGGGCUUCAACCUCACCGCCACGCAGGACGUCCUGUUCAACGAGCACCUGAUGCACGUGGGCAGCGCUAUACUGUCGGCGGAAACGCGCGGACACUGGGAGCUCAUCCAGCAGACGGAGGGAGGCACGGCCACACUGCUGCGACAGUUCGAGGAGUAUACGAACACGCUCGCGCAAAACAUGAGGAAGACCUACCUGAGCCCCUUCACCAUCGUCACGCCCAACAUCAUCAUCUCCAUCGAUCGUUUGGAGAAGAUGAAUUUCGCCGGCGCUAAACUGCCGCGUUAUGAGUCUCUGCGCGGGCCACGCCCACUCGACCUGGAGACGGCUGUCACUCUUCCCGACUCGGUCUUCAUCCCCGCCCCCGAGGGCAAAGGUCAGCGGCAUCACAGCGAGCCAAUCGCAGAGUCCGGCAGAAACCACACAGCCAAUCGGAAGAAACGGCACCCGGAUGAGCGCGAGCAGGACGCCGUUGCCAGCAUCAUCAUCUUCCACAGCCUAGCGGCGCUGCUUCCAGAGCGAUACGACACCGACAAGAGGAGCCUCAGGGUUCCCAAGCGUCCGGUCAUCAACACUCCUGUGGUCAGUAUAACAGUUCAUGAUAAUGAGGAGCUGCUGCAGCACACGCUGGAUAAACCCAUCACGGUGCAGUUCCGCCUGAUGACCACUGAGGAGCGCUCUAAACCCAUCUGUGUGUUCUGGAACCACUCCAUAGUCGCUGGCGGUCCGGGCGGCUGGUCUUCUAAGGGUUGUGAGGUGGUCUUCAGGAACAACACACACAUCAGCUGUCAGUGUUACCACAUGACGAGCUUCGCCGUGCUCAUGGACAUCUCACGCCGAGAGAACGGAGAGAUCCUGCCGGUGAAACUGAUCACGUGGAGUUCGGUGGGUGUGACGCUGGGCUUCCUCUUCCUCACCAUCGUCUUCCUCACCUGCCUGCGGGCCGCGAGCAGCAACAAGACCAGCAUCGUCAACAACGGCGCGGCCGCGCUCUUCAUCGCGCACCUCCUCUUCAUCUUAGGCAUCAAUCAAGCCGAUAACCCGUUCCUGUGUACGGUGAUGGCCAUCCUGCUGCACUUCCUCUGGCUCUGCGUCUUCUCCUGGCUCUUCCUGGAGGGGCUGCAUGUGUACCGCAUGCUGAGCGAGCUGCGCGACAUCAACUACGGCCCCAUGCGCUUCUACUACCUGAUUGGCUGGGGAGUGCCGGCCUUCGUCACGGGUCUGGCGGUGGGACUGGACCCCGAGGGCUACGGGAACCCCGACUUCUGCUGGCUCUCGCUCUACGACACCCUCAUCUGGAGUUUGGCGGGUCCCAUCGCGUUCGUCGUGUCGAUGAACGUGUUCCUGUACAUCAUGGCGUCGAGAGCAUCGUGUUCGCUCAAGCAGAAGAGCUGCGAGACGAGAGACGUGCCGGCGGCGGGUCUGCGGUCAGCGUGUGCUGUGAUGCUGCUGGUGACGGUGACGUGUCUGCUAGCGCUGCUGUCGGUCAACAGCGACAUGAUUCUCUUCCACUAUCUGUUCGCCGGAUUCUGCUGUGUUCAGGGGCCGCUUCUGUUCUUCUUCCGCGUGGUGUUUAAUAAAGAAGCGAGAGACGCCAUGCGCUACUGCUGCAGCAAGAAACGACCCGAUCACAUGAUCAAAUCCAAACCAUCCAGGAUCCGUGACGAGCAGCGCUGA